AUGGAAAGGUAACAUUUUACUUUCUCUUAUCUUUAGUCUACUUUUGUUUUGUGAAAGUUUGAAAUCAGUAAAUCGAUUUGUUUUCGAAUUAAAAGCGAAAAACGGACAUUGCUUUAGGUUUUUGAAUAUUUAAAGCGCUUAAAAGUAGACAGUGGUGGAAUAGGGCUAUUGUAAAAGCUAUAUUAAGUGUUUUAGUUAACCAAUAUUACAUUAUUUUAUAUUUAACGUAUACGGUAUAGUUAAGUUUUAAAUGAUUUAUGUUUUUUACAUCCGAUUUGUCUAUGUGAGUUUAAAUGUAAACAUUACAUAUGCGUACAUACUAUAAUAUUUUUAUAAGAUAUAUUAAAUUAAAGUGUCAAUUUCAAUAUUUUUAAGCUAUUUCAAGUUUUUUUACUCAAGCCAAUAAGAUAAGUCAAACAAGAAAAAUAAUUUAGGCCGUUACCAUCGUUGAUAUGUGAACGAACAGUGUCUGUAAAGUACCAAUAUGGCAAUUUUCCAAAGUUUGUUAUCAAUUUGGACCCGGAAUUCUAUUACUCGAAAGAAGGCUCAAACGAAAAGAUUACACAGCUCUUGAUGCAGUUUAAUAUAGAAGAAAGUGUAAGUAUAUCUUUGUGAAUAUGUUGGUAAGGAAUAUUAGGCAGAAUUCAGUCUUAAUAGAGAGGAAGGAUAGAGUGACAACAUAACUAACUAGUAACUUUACACUUGUUUUUUAGAAAGUAAAGGUAAAUUAACUUUUAUAUAUAUAAACGUGUAUAUACACAAUACCAACUAAACAUCUUACACAUAUCAUUUAAUUUUUACUUUUCAGAACGACAAAACCUACUUCAAUUUGAAAGUAAGACUAUUUUUAAAAUCGUUUAUAUUAUUAUAAAAAAACUAGGCGAGAGAUAAACUUACAAUUAUAUAUGAUUGUCAUUUUAGUGUUUGAAUGAAGAAUUCAGUUCAGACUGGAGUAAAGUAGACGUGUUUGUAUAUUCAACACAUUGGAUUGGGUACCUUAACCAAAGAUGGAGCGACCCUAAUAAUUUUAGACGAGUAAAUGAUAUUUUAAGUUUAAUGUUUGUGGUUUUUCUAGACUUAUAUACAACAUAAGUGUAUACAAUGUAUACGAAAAAUUAUGCUUGCAAGUAACAAAGUUAAGUUUAGAAGAUUGUUUUCUUCGACGAAUCUUAUUAUACGACUGGUAAUACCUUACAUCUGGACUUUAAAAUUACUAUAACCAAGCUGGUAAGUUUACUUUUAAAUUUUUUUAAUAUCAUAUUAAUCUUUAAUUGUAUACAAUUUUCAAUUAUACUACAGAUAUAAGAGAAGGUAUGUAUACAUAAUAUUUAAUUUUCAGACAGUCAGCUUAAUGCAGCCUCGAUUAAAUUACCUGGGGCUACUUAUGAAUGAUGAAUUGAGUGAUUUUACAUUAAUUUGUCCAGGAAAAGACAACGAACAACAUAAAAUACCAGUACAUCGUAUCUUAUUGUAUCAGUCAUCACCGUAUUUCAGAAGCUUGUUUUCUAAUUUCGAAAAUUUUAAAGAAAAUCAAGCUGGAUCUUCGUAUAUAGAUGUAGAUUAUAAUGUAAGUCUUUUUUUAUACUGUAUUUUUUAUUUUUAAUGCAUUUUUACUGAAGCUAUUAUACGUGUGAUAAGGUAUAUUUUAAUAUGCUGGCAAUGAGAUGCCUUUUAUCUUAUUGUCACCUUUUUAUAAAUUUACUCACAGUACAGUAGACUCCAAGUUUUUACCCAAAUUUGAUCUUCAGGCAAUAUACGAAAUACUCUAUUUCAUGUAUACGGGUAAUCUGAGUAAAACCAUCGAUGACAAUAUAGCAGAAGCAGGAGCAGCGUCAGAGUACUUCAUGAUGGACGAGCUAACUAAUGCCCUUCAAGAGAAAACAAAACUUUGUUUGACGCAGGACAACGCUGGUACUAUUCUAGAAUCAGCACUGGCGUGUCGGGUUGAUAAUGUAGCUCAAAUAGCUUUUAAAUUCAUUAAGAAGGUGAUGACUAAACAGCAGAAGGUAAUUUUCAUUUUUAAGUCGUUUUUCAAAAAAGUCUUCUUUGCACCGUGCCGACCUUUUUUUCCGACCUCCUUUGAUCGCUCAGUACAACUUAUGUAUGGUUCAGCUUAUCUACUACUAGACCACGCGACACCCUUUAAAUUCUACUUUGAAGCUACUAUUAUCAAAAACAGAAUUUGUAAAUAUUUUAUUUUCAGGAACAAGUAUUUGCUGAUAUUUGUGGAAAACUGCCGAGUCAGUUCGCGGAGUUUGUAGCCAGUUUAGACUAA